AUGGGCAAGCUUAAGAGGAUGAUCUGGGUCAACUCAUCUGUAUCAACUAAGGGCCCCACCAGGAGGCGCUGGCCCAGCAGAGCGGCGAGAUCACCAUGGAUGAUGGUGGUGACGGGCAGUUGGACCUGGAGAACGAGGGAAGGAGGCGGCCAGGACAAGGGGAAACAACCCGAAGGCAGCGGCCAGAACCUAGCCGGCGAUGUCAGGCGGAAGGUCCAUGAGCUCGAGGCCAAAGUAGCCGCCAGUGCCAAGGCAAAGGCCGAGGUGAGGAAGACUGGUCGGGAAAGGUCCGCUUGA